AUGAUGGACGAAAGCUUGUCUCUAUCAGGAAGCUUAGUAAGAAGCCCUGGAAAUCCGUCUAGAAUCCACAGUAUAGAUGCAAUUUUGGGAUUUACGAAGGAGGAUGCUAUCUUACACUCAGCGUUUCCUUCAAAUGGAAAUUCUAGGCACGUCAAAGAUCUAGAACAGAGUAACUCAAGAAACUGCUGCAGCAAAACGUCACCUGUGAAGAAAGAAAAUCAUGAUUUGGAAAGUUUUGAUAGUAAGUGUUUAAGCAGUUCGGGGUCUUCGAUAAGUGCAGGUUUACCAGAAGGAACAGAAACUAAAAACAAAAUUCUAGGUGAAGAUCAUCCUGAAAAGAAACACAGACGCAACAGAACAACGUUCACGACUUUCCAGCUCCACGAGUUGGAAAGAGCCUUUGAAAAAUCUCAUUACCCUGACGUGUACAGCAGAGAAGAACUGGCGAUGAAAGUAAACCUGCCAGAAGUCAGAGUGCAGGUAUGGUUUCAAAACAGACGAGCCAAAUGGAGGCGACAAGAGAAACGAGAAGUGAGCUCAAUGAAGCUUCAAGAUUCCCCAAUGCUGGCUUUUAACAGAUCUCCCCAGCAAUCAGUGAUGGGUAACAUCAGCAGCAAUUUGCCACUGGAGCACUGGCUUACGCCACCGAUGUCUACAGCCACCACACUGCAGAGCUUACCGGGAUUCUUGCCCACUCCAAAGGGCAUGCCAAGCAGCUACACAUCACCGCCGUUUCUAAACUCGUCAUCCAUGGGGCACAGCCUUCCGCAUAUGGGUGAAAUGGGCCCACCCCCUCCAUACCAAUGUGGCGGAACCACCUUCCUUGACAAGUUCUCUUUGGAAGAAGCUGACCCAAGAAACUCUAGCAUUGCAUCGCUGAGGAUGAAAGCAAAGGAGCACAUUCAAUCUUUUGGGAAAACCUGGUAG